GUUUGUUGGCAGAGAGAAACUCAAACAGAAGCUCAGUUCAGCAGCAGCAGAUCUACGUAGACUUGUAUGGAGAUGUGGAGCUCGGUGCUGCCCCUGCUGGUCGCUGUGAGUCCUGCGGUUCUGUUCCUGCUGCAGCUUCCGGACUACACCUCCACACAGGAAGGAGUCUGGCAGGACUACAAACAUGGCCUCCAAGGCUCUGAGCUGAACGACAAAAAGCAUUUCUGCUCCUGGAAAUGUCUGCUGUUCACUCUGCAGUGGCCGGGAGCGUUCUGUCAGUCUCUGGACGAGGAGACUCUCUGCAGGAUUCCUCAGAGCGUCAACAACUGGACCAUCCACGGCCUGUGGCCUCAGAAGGCCUGGCGUUGCUGCACAUGCUGGCCCAUGUUUGAAUCCGACGUCCAGGAGCUGGAUGCAGAGCUGAAAGAACACUGGCCGUCUUUACUGAAAACACAACCCAGCUUCCACUUCUGGAAACAGGAGUGGGAGAAACACGGAGUGUGUGCAGCGUGUGUUGAAGGGAUGAACUCUCCUCUCAGAUACUUCCAGAUCUGCCUCAAACUACGAGGACAGUUUGAUAUCCACAAGUUGCUGGAGGACGCCGGUAUCACGCCGUCCUGUGAACGACCCUACAAGCUCGUGGAGGUUCAUCAGGUUUUGGCUCCACGUCUGGGAGACAAACAUGAGAUCCAGUGUGUUACAGACAACAAGGGCAGAGAGGUUUGGUUCCAGGUGAAGAUUCCUCUGUCUCACAACCUCACCGUCGGCUGCGAUCACCACGGUGACGCUGACCUUGACCCGGCGACCUGGUCCGGCCCGAGACAGAACUCCUCCCACGGUCACCCCUGCCCCCCAGAGGUCCCGUUCUACUACUUCCCCAUCGACCACCAGGACCCACAGCGGCCCUGCGGCUAACAUCAGCUGAUCACUGAUCAAUAACUACCACCGUUGUUACGACCAGCUCGAGUGAGGGAGGUCCACACAGUAAAGCGUGUUUAAAUCAAACUUUAUUAGUUGAACAAAGCAUACAAAACAUAACUUGAUAGGGUGUGUUGUGUCUUUGUAAUUGAAUGGUGCAAAAGUAAACAAACAAACAGAUGAAAAGGUGUCAGAGUCACGGCUUCACACUGAACACACAGAAUAACAUACCUGUAACAAAAGUGUAACACAUCAAAAAUAAAUACAGUUAAAGGA